UUCUGGUUUGGGUCAAGCACACAGGACCCUUUGGAAUUCUUCGAGUCCACAAGGGCCGAAGCCUGCAUCCCUCUCCCGAAAAGCGGUGGCCACAUCCUUGUGACCGAAGGCAGAAACCCUUGCUCUCGGGAAUCGAAUAGGAAGAGAUCUGGUGGGAGACGCGAGAAAGAGUAGGGAGCGAACGUCGACGAUGCGGAUCUGUGCGAUGAUCCUGCGGCCCACCGCGGCGCGGCUGCUGUGCUCUGUGCUUCUCCUCAUCUCCCUGCUGCCGCCCGGCGCGACGGCGGUGUGGUUGAACCUGCCCGCGUCGGGGACCAAGUGCGUGUCGGAGGAGAUCCAGCCCCACGUCGUCGUGCUCGCCGACUACGCCGUCAUCUCGGAGGACCACACCCGCGGAAUCCCCACUCUCUCCGUUAAGGUGACAUCACCAUAUGGAAACACUCUUCAUCACCAAGAAAAUGCUACUGUAGGUCAAGUUGCAUUCACAACCACAGAGGCUGGCAACUACCUAGCAUGUUUCUGGAUGAUGGUGGCUAAGGAAAUUAGAAGCUGCUGUGAGGCAAUACAUGAGAACCUGUUAUAUCUCAAGGCCAGGGAAGCAGAAAUGAGAGUAGUGAGUGAGAGAACAAAUGCUAGGGUUGCAUGGUUCAGUAUAUGUCCCUGUGUUUGCAUCGGUGUCUCUGGCUUGCAGUUGUGGCAUCUGAAGAGGUUCUUCCAAAAGAAGAAACUUAUUUAG